UUACCGGUUGUACCCAGUUUCCCUUUAUCCCCGUACUCCUUCUAGUACUACAUAUACACACCUCCGAUCAUCCCCAAAAACACUCCACUAACCGCACCCUGAUACAGCAGUUUGUACAUCUCCGUCUCCGGCGUCUCUACCUAAAACCUUAUCCUUACUAUGGCAGAUAAAGAGGAAGGACAUGCAACUGCCCCCAAAGGAGCCGAUUGGGAAGUAGUAUCACUCACUGCAUCAGCAUACGCUGCUGCCCCUGGUGGGAAUAUCCCAGAGCUUAAACAUGAAGAAAAGGGUGAAGUAGUUGACAAAGAUAAAGUCGAAACUUCCAACGCAUUGUUCAUGUCUACUCAUUUUGUUUUGCCACCUAAACAAGACACAGAGAUCUUUGAUCAGCUUGAUGAUUCUGAAUCCGUGAAAGAAAAAGAAAUUUAUGAUCUUAAGAAGCUAACCGAGUUACAUGAUUAUAACAAAAUUCCCUUUUCUAAUGAUCAGAAAUUAGCCCUCGGCGACACAGACUUCACAGAGAACACUACAUUUUCCAGUCUAAAUAUGGGAGCAAAAGAGCAGAGUAUUUACACUUCUCCUGCACUUGAUUCAUUACACAGUGAAGCAACUAUGGGUCUGAAAAACAUAGAUGAUGAAAUGAGAGAAUUAGAUGAGUCUGUAUACUCUUCUGAGGAACCCAAAGAAAACAACAACCACCAUGAACAUGAUGGAUCUGGAUGUGGUGUGCCUUAUGGAGUUUGGUUGAAGAAACAAGCUGUAUCUUUGUAUGCACAUACAAAAGAGACGAGUACAUUUUGGUCUAUUUUUGCUGCGGCUGCAGUGAUGGGUAUUGUGAUUAUUGGCCAACAGUGGCAGCAUGAAAGAUGGCAAGUUUUGCGCCAUGAAUUGAAAUUUCGGAUCCAUGAUGAGAGGAUGAGGAUGAUGACAGGUCUUAAAGACGCAAUCAUAGGUGGCAACCGGCGAGAUUUUUUGGUCAAUGGAAGCAUCUCUCGAGAUCGUUGAAGUUUAAUGGAGAUAAUUUAUUUUGAUGAUGAUGAUGAUGAUACAAAAAACAGUGUGAAAAAAUGUCAGUAUUUAAGUCACAGUUAUCACUUAUUGAAGGUUAUUUAACAUUUUCAUUA